UCAUCACACACCUUCGAGGAAAAAAAAAAAACGUAUCUCACUCGCUUCCAAAAAUCCUUGGCUCAAAGAAACAACAAUGCAAGCAAGACCAUACCAUACAGCUCCCACGAGUUUCCCUUCACCGAGUAAACUCCCUCGAUUUCAUCGAACUCCAUCGCCGGCUAAGAUUAAAAUACCUAGAGUCAUAUCCAUUCCCACCCCGGAUACCACUGAUCAUGCCUCAAGCCGUACAUCCCUGGAUACUAUAGAUGAUCAUGUGGCUGCUUUUUGGGACUACCAAUUCUUAUUCGUGUCACAAAGAUCAGAGACAACCGAGGCAGUAACGCUUCGAGUCGUCGAUGGAGCAGUCCCAUCUGAUUUCCCGUCCGGCACGUAUUAUCUAACCGGUCCAGGGCUAUUUACAGAUGAUCAUGGCUCCACGGUGCACCCUUUGGAUGGUCAUGGAUACCUUAGGGCAUUUAGUAUUGAUGGAGUCAACAGAGAGGUCAAGUUCAUGGCUAGGUACGUAAAAACAGAAGCUCAAGUCGAGGAACACGAUCCAGAGACUAACACGUGGCGGUUUACACAUCGUGGUCCGUUUUCUGUGUUAAAGGGAGGCAAGAGACUUGGUAAUACCAAGGUGAUGAAAAAUGUGGCAAAUACUAGUGUGUUGAGGUGGGGUGGUAAGCUAUUGUGUUUGUGGGAAGGUGGGGAUCCUUAUGAGAUUGAACUAGGAACGUUGGAUACUACUGGGAGGUUUGAUAUGAUCAACGGACAUGAUUCAUCGAUGAAUAAUAGAAGAAAUGGUGGUGAUACAUGGGAUAUAACUGCUGGAUUAUUGAAGCCAAUCUUAUAUGGAGUGUUUAAAAUGCCACCAAAGAGAUUGUUGUCCCAUUAUAAGCUCGAUGCUAAAAGGAACAGACUGAUCACUGCUUCAUGCAAUGCCGAGGACAUGCUACUGCCCCGCAGUAAUUUUACUUUUUAUGAAUAUGAUGAAAAUUUCAAGUUGUUGCAGAGACAAGAAUUCAACAUUCCUGAUCAUUUGAUGAUCCAUGACUGGGCAUUUACAGAUACUCAUUACAUAUUAUUCGCCAACCGCAUUAAGCUUGAUGUCAUCGGAUCAAUGACUGCUAUUUGUGGACUAUCGCCGAUGAUAUCAGCUUUGUCAGUGAAUCCUAGCAAGUCUACCUCUCCCAUCUACUUGCUUCCUCGAUUUCCUGAGAAAUCACCCAGCAAUAGAAACUGGAGAGUGCCAGUGGAAGCACCUUCAACAAUGUGGCUACUACAUGUUGGCAAUGCUUAUGAGGCCAAAGAUGUCCAUGGAAAUUUGCAAAUUCAAAUACAUGCUUCCAUUUGCUCCUACCAAUGGUUCAAUUUCCAAAAACUAUUUGGAUAUAAUUGGCAAAAUGCUAAGCUAGACCCUUCUGUUAUGAACGUGAAGGAAGGUGGGGAUGAGCUACUGCCCCAUCUUGUUCAGGUUUCUAUAAAUUUGGGUGCUGAUGGGACCUGUCAAGAAAGCAGCGUGGAACCCUUGAAUCAGUGGAGCAAGCCAGCAGAUUUUCCUGUCAUAAAUCCUGACUUCUCUGGUAAUAAAAACAAAUAUGUUUAUGCAGCAAGUUCUUCAGGCUCACGCCAAACAUUGCCGCAUUUCCCUUUCGAUAUGGUGGUGAAGCUAAACUUCUUAGACAAAUCUAUCCAUACAUGGACCGUUGGUGCGAGGAGAUUUAUCGGGGAGCCUAUAUUUGUUCCAAAAGGAAGGGAAGAAGACGAUGGAUAUCUUCUGGUAGUGGAGUAUGCAGUUGCAAUACAAAGGUGUUAUCUUGUAAUUUUGAAUCCGAAGAGGAUAGGGAAAGCUGAUGCACUUGUAGCAAGAUUAGAGGUCCCCAGGCAUUUAAAUUUUCCACUUGGUUUCCAUGGUUUUUGGGCCAACGGUUCUUAAUCCAAUCAGUUAAAAAUGCUAUAUUCUGAGAUCAUCAUUUUAAUCAAUAUAGCUGUGAUAUUCAUUCC